CCUCUGCCCUCCCAUCUCUUCUCCUACGGCCCAUCUGCGCCUCCUCUCUGCUCCCUUUAUUGCCACCCCCGCCCUCAGCUGGGCGCUCCCGCCCCUCCCGCGCGCGUCUGUAUUUGGAGCUGCCGGAAGCCGCGGGCGACUCUCCCCGCGAGCAGCGUGACCGGCUCGGGCUCCCGUGCAGGGGGGAGGCGGAGGCAGCGCAGGGCCUGCGGGAGGAGGGCGAGAGUGACCGAAGCCGGCUUUGCAUCACCGAAGCCGGGACCUGGGUUCCGCAGCAGAAUGGCGGACAUGCUGGCACUGAUGGAGAGGCUUGAAUGUGCGGUCAGCCGGCUGGAGCAGCUGUGUGCAGGUUCACGUGGGCCUCCUGGAGACUGCAGAGAAGUUAAUGGUGUCAAUGGAGGUGUGGCACCAUCCGUGGAGGCCUUUGACAAGCUGGUGAUCAGUAUGGUGGCCGAGUUCUUAAAGAACAGCAGAGUCCUUGCUGGGGACGUGGAGACUCAUGCGGAAAUGGUACACAGUGCUUUCCAGGCCCAGCGUGCUUUCCUUCUCAUGGCCUCUCAGUACCAACAACCCCAGGAGAAUGAAGUGGCCGUCCUUCUGAAACCCAUCUCGGAGAAGAUUCAAGAAAUACAGACUUUCCGAGAGAAAAACCGGGGAAGCAGCAUGUUCAACCACCUCUCUGCGGUCAGCGAAAGCAUCCCCGCCCUGGGGUGGAUAGCUGUGUCCCCCAAACCUGGUCCUUAUGUCAAGGAGAUGAAUGACGCUGCCACCUUUUACACUAACAGGGUCCUGAAGGACUACAAACACAGUGAUCUGCGCCAUGUGGAUUGGGUGAAGUCCUAUCUCAACAUCUGGAGCGAGCUUCAGACCUACAUUAAGGAGCACCACACCACAGGCCUCACUUGGAGCAAAACAGGUCCUGCAGCAUCCACAGCAUCCGCGUUUUCUGUCCUCUCCUCUGGGCCUGGUCUCCCACCACCACCUCCACCGCCACCCCCUCCUGGGCCACCUCCGCUUUUUGAGAAUGAGGGUAAAAAUGAGGAGUCUUCUCCUUCUCGCUCAGCUUUGUUUGCCCAGCUUAACCAGGGAGAAGCCAUCACAAAAGGGCUCCGGCAUGUCACAGACGACCAGAAGACUUAUAAGAACCCCAGCCUGAGGGCUCAAGGACAAGCUCGAUCUCCAACCAAAACCCACACUCCAAGCCCUACAUCUCCAAAAUCCAAUCCUCCUCCGAAACAUGCUCCAGUGUUAGAGCUGGAAGGGAAGAAAUGGAGAGUGGAAUACCAAGAGGACAAGAAUGACCUUGUCAUCUCAGAGACUGAGCUGAAACAAGUGGCUUACAUUUUCAAGUGUGAAAAAUCCACUCUUCAGAUAAAGGGAAAAGUAAAUUCCAUCACUGUUGAUAACUGCAAGAAGUUCGGCCUGGUGUUCGAUAAUGUGGUGGGCAUUGUGGAAGUGAUCAACUCCAAGGACAUUCAGAUCCAGGUAAUGGGAAGAGUGCCAACAAUUUCCAUUAAUAAGACAGAAGGGUGCCACCUGUACCUCAGUGAAGACGCACUAGACUGUGAGAUCGUGAGUGCCAAGUCAUCUGAGAUGAAUGUCCUGAUCCCUCAGGGUGACGAUUAUAGAGAAUUUCCCAUUCCUGAGCAGUUCAAGACAGUGUGGGAUGGAUCCAAGCUGGUCACCGAACCCGCGGAAAUUAUGGCCUGACAUCCUGGAGGUAGCCUUCCCUGAGUCUCCUCCAGCAAACCAACAGAAGCAAGUAGCUAAUAGGAACUAGAUUUCACCACAGCCCCUGCCUCUGUGUCAGCUUCUUGCAGUUCUGUGCUGUGGAAACAGUGUCCUUUCUGGCGUGCUUUUGUGGGCAUUUUGAAAUAUUUAACAUUUGAUCAUGAUUUGUGUGUGAUUUUAGUUCUACAUGAGCACAGAAGAAUUAAAGGAGAAAGAAUUCUGUUCUCACCAUAUUGUGGACACCGCAACUCACAAGGAAAAUCCCUGCUCAUUUCUUCAUUAGGUUUAAUUGCUAGUUGAAAAAUGAAGCCUUAGAGAAUCUCUGUAUGUUUUUACCUUCUAGACAAUUUUAAUAUGAGAAAAUAGUCUUGUGCCCUGAAAAAUAUGACUCUAUUUUUAAUUUUUA